AUGACUCUCAUCAAGGUCAUAAUAGGCCUUAUAUUGAUAAAUGUUAUAUUUGUGUGUGAUGGUCAGCAUAUAACACCUGAACAGCUCAGAAAACAAAAUGAAAUUAGCAAUGGAGCCCGAUCUCAUUACGAUAUAACCAGUGGUCGACGAACUGAUAUGUUCAAUCGUGUUAAUCCGGAUUAUUUACUUCGAGGCUUUUUCCCAUUCUGGUCAAUAGUAUUGAUUGGUUUUGCUCUUAUGUUUUUGACAUUAGCGAUGGUUGGAGUUAUUGGUUAUUUAUUAGGAUGUCGUCGACCAACACUGGAGGAACUCUAUGGAAAUGAUUUUGAACAAAUAACAUCCGACAAUGAAUUUUUAUUAGGUACUGGACCAAUACUAAACAUGAAUGAUACUAAAAUAUCGAUUCAAAAUUCUACUAAUGGAUUAUUUAAUAAUCAUAAUCAAAGAGAUUUUCAAUAUGAAUCAUUAUUACUUAUUGAACGAACACGUAUUGGACAAAGUCAUGAAGAUAUAGUGUAA